AUGGAGAAUAGUUAUAUAAGUGAAGAUUUUUCCCCCAAGGAAGAUUAUGAUUCAAUAAGUGUAGACACCGUUUCAGUUAGUGAAUCUGUAGAAAAAGAAGAUAACAUAGCCAACAAUGAGAAUUAUGUCCAAACUGAAGAGGUUGUUAUUCUAGAAGCAAACAUAGAAAGUGAGCUGAAAGAUGAACUAUGUAUUGGCAUGGAGUUUAGCUCUGAUGAGACUGCUCAUACAACUUACCAAAAGUAUGGAGGCAGUCAUGGUUUUGACGUAAGGAAACAACAAAGGACGAUAAAAAAAGAGAAGGUAGUAAGGCUUCGUUAUGUUUGCUCAAAGGAGGGGUAUAGGAAAGAAACUAAUGACGAAAAAUCUUAUUCACAACCAAUCACACGUUGUGGUUGUAAUGCUCAUAUGACGUGCUACCUACAGAAGAACGAAAGAUAUAAGAUUGUGUCUUUUGAGCAGAACCAUAACCAUGAUUUAGUGAUGACACCUAUGAAGCAUUUGUUAAGGGGCAAUCGUGCAUUAUCUAUCUCUCAAAAACAACAUGCUGAUGAUGCUGAGAUGUCAGGAAUUUCAGCAAAAGCAAAUGUUGAAAUGAUGAGUAGAGAAGUUGGGGGACGAGAAAAUCUGGGGUUUUUGGCGAAAGACUAUCAAAGUUACAUAUACCGAAAGCGAAUGGCAAAAAUGGAAAAGGGAGAUGCUAGAGCACUUGAUGAAGAUGAUAUGAUCACUAAUAUCUUUUGGGCAUAUGAUCGGUCUAUAAGUGAUUACAAUCUUUUUGGAGAUGUUGUUUGCUUCGACACAACUUAUAAGACUAACGAGUAUGAUAGACCCUUUGCUCCAUUUGUCGGAGUUAAUCAUCACAAGCAAACUGUAGUGUUUGGUGCUGCUCUUUUAUAUGAUGAAACUAUUGAGUCAUAUAAGUGGCUUUUCGAGACUUUUCUUGGAGCAAUGUCUGGAAAACAACCAAAAACAAUUCUGACUGAUCAAUGUGCAGCAAUGGCGAAUGCAAUAGUGAAGGUAUUUCCUGAAACAAAACAUAGGUUAUGUGUUUGGCAUAUUUAUCAGAAUGCUGCAAAGAAGUUGAGUCAUGUAUUUCAUGGAGCAGAACAAUUUGCCAUGGACUUUAGUAAGUGUGUAUAUGACCAUGAGGAAGAACAAGAUUGGUUAUUGGCAUGGAGUGAUAUGCUCGAGAAGCAUAAAUUGACGGAGGAUAAAUGGUUGAAGAAUUUGUUUGAGCUCAAAGAAAAAUGGGCAAUGGAAGUGUAUACGCCUGAAGUUUUUAGCUUGCUCCAGAGGCAAUAUAUAGUUAUCGGUGAUUAUGUUGCUACAAAAGUCAGUAAGUCUGAGAUGGUGUAUGAAUACAAAGUAUCUUAUCGUGGUGUGGCACGAGAGCAUUUGGUUAAUUAUGAUGCUAUAAGCCAAACAAUACAUUGUGGUUGCAUGAAGUUUUCUUUUGCUGGGAUCUUAUGUCGUCAUGCAUUGAAAGUGCUGGACAAGAAAAAUGUUAGAAGAAUUCCAUCUACAUACAUUCUAACUCGAUGGAGCAAAGAGGCAAAAACACGAAGAAUAUCUUAUUAUCAUCCGAAGACACUUAAUGAAACAGAGAAGCAAUCGAUUGGAAGGCGAUACAGCCAUAUAUGUCGUACUUUCCGUGAAAUUGCAUCUGUUGCUGCUGAUCAUAUAGAGUUGACGUUGUGCGCAAAUGAAGAUGCCAUUCAAUUGCUUAGAAAAUUGGAGGAAAAGAAAAAAGAACUUGUGAAAGCUAAUGCAUGGAUGCCCCAAAGCUCAGAUGUUGGACUUGUGGAAGAAGAAGAAGAAGUAGAAGACAAGGAAGUUCCAAAUGCACGUGGAAUAAAAAGAAAAGCUUCUGUUGGACGACCAAAGAACCAAAAAGUUGGUCCCCAUGGUCGAUACUUGAAUGUUCUUGAAGACACUACUCUUACUCCAGAUACUCAAUUAUCUGUUACUACCACUAGUCCGACCUUACAUCAUGAGUCAUUUAUCUCACAAGUGUUCAAGGAAUAUGACAAGAGUUAUGGUGGUCCAUCUUAA